AAAAAAGGAGUCAGCCCAUCAAAAUUAAAGAAAAUCAGUUCCACUGCUACUGCUGGCAUGAGGGCACCACAGAGGGGCGGCUGUGUCGAAACUACAAUGCACUGGUAAAUGUGGAGAAUACUUUUUCGAGGCCUUUGAACUCAAAAGUGGAAGAGCAGGAAGACACGGGGAACACACACCAUUCAGUGUUAUUUUCCUUGCAAAGGAAAACCAUGAUUAUGAGAUGAGCACUAAAGUCUCAAGUUUUCAAAGGUUUGCAUAACAAACAAGAGACACAUUUUGGGUUGCUUCUUGACUUUGAAGGCUUGCCACUGUCAACUGAAAUAAAAUGGCAAGAUUUAAAGCCUUAACCAAGUUCACAAGGAAAACAUUUGGACUAAAAGUUUUGGAAAGUUUUCUCUCUUUGAAGUAGUUUGUCAUGCGUUACCAAUGUGAACUUUAUUGACCCUGAAACAUUUUUUUGAAUCAAAUAGCAACUAGUGAUACUUUAGUAAAAUCUUAUAUCAACAACCAUCUCUUGGUAGCUCCAGCUUCAUAGCAAAUGCAGGCAAAGCAGGGAAUCUACAGAGGAGACCUUUAUUAUUCAUAAAUGAAGCCUGCCAAAACCUGCCCAAAAUAGCAUUCAAAGACCCUUUUAAGGUCAUGGAUCCUGAACAAAGCCAGAAAAGCACAAAAAAGGCCGAGGAAAGUCCCAGAAAGAGGCUUACCAAAGGAGAGGCUUUCCAAUCCAGUAUUUCAUCUGCCUCUGCGUAUCAGGGCAGCUCUGCUUCUUCACAAGCAACCCCUCUUCGUGAUAUCAUAUCGCAGCAGCACUUUUCUGGCUCCUUGCCAAUUCCAAGAGAGGACUCUCAGGAGAAAACUGGACAUCAGAAGCAACCCAAGCAUUCCUCUUUUGAGCACUCGCCCCACGUUUCACAGCUUCAGCAGCAUCCACUAUCACCAGCAUUUAUGUCUCCUGGAAAACCAGAGCAGAUCCUUGAAGGGCCCACAUGGCAGCUAGUUGAUCCAGUAAGACCGGGUCCUUCUGGCUCUUUUUCAUCACCUGGGCUUCAUUCUCAUCACAGCCAGCUCAUCCCUUCCCAUUCCCCAAUCCUUCCUGGAGAGGACAUGCCAUCCGUUCAAAAAGUCUAUAUCCCUCGACCUUCCCAAGUUUCCUUAAAACAAACUGAGGAAGUGCACAAGAAGGAGAAGAAACCUCAGAAGCCAGGCAAAUACAUUUGUCAGUACUGCAGUAGGCCUUGUGCAAAGCCGAGUGUACUCCAGAAACAUAUCCGAUCACACACAGGUGAGCGGCCAUACCCUUGCAUUCCAUGUGGCUUUUCUUUUAAGACUAAAAGCAAUUUGUAUAAACAUAGGAAGUCUCAUGCUCAUAGAAUAAAAGCGGGGCUGGCCUCAGGAAUUGGAGCAGACAUGUAUCCUUCCAGUUUGGAAAUGGAAAGGAUCGGUGGGGAGGAAUUUGAAGAACCUACUGAAGGAGAAAGCACAGAUUCAGAAGAGGAGACAAGUGCAAUGUCAGGUCAUUCAGUAGAACUAUCACCCAGGCGAAAGCACACCCUGUUAUCUAGCACUCAUCAUAGUCUGGGAAGCCAAGGUUCCAGCCACGACCGGUGUUCAUUAUCCCAUUCCAGUAUGUCUCAGUCUCUUGAGGACAACACGCAGUUUGUGGAGCCUUCAUCUGAUCCUGCUUUGAGCCACAAAUCAGAAGAUACACAUACUAUAAAACAGAAGCUUGCACUCCGAUUAAGUGAAAGGAAGAAAGUGAUAGAUGAGCAGGCAUUCCUCAGCCCUGGCAGUAAAGGAAGUACAGAGUCAGGCUACUUCUCGCGAUCAGAAAGUGCAGAACAACAAAUCAGCCCACCAAAUACAAAUGCAAAAUCUUAUGCAGAAAUUAUUUUUGGGAAAUGUGGGAGAAUUGGGCAAAGGACACCAAUGUUAGCUGUAACCACAACCCAGGGGUUUCCGCACGUGUCCACUGAAGAUAAACCUAGCAUGGUACCAUUAUCUGUGCCUAGAACACAGGUUAUUGAACACAUCACUAAGCUAAUUACAAUUAAUGAAGCUGUUGUAGAUACCAGUGAAAUAGAUAGUGUGAAGCCUAGAAGAAGUUCGUUAUCUAGACGUAGCAGCAUUGAAUCUCCAAAGUCUGGUGUAUAUAGAGAACCAUUUCAGUUUGACAGCAAGUCUGGUUCCAGUAGCCAGUUGAAUGCAUCAAAAUCAUUGACAUCCCAUGGUGAAAAAAUUAAACCUGAACAAUCAUUGUUAUCACUUCAGCAAUCCCACAGUGCCACAGAGACAGUGCCUCUCCUAAGAAGCCACUCAAUGCCUUCUGCUGCCUGCAGUAUAAGCUCCCCUCAGACCUUUAGAGGUAGUUAUUCAUUUGAUGACCACAUCAUGGAAUCUGAUGUCGUAAGCCGCAGUCAAGUGUUUUCUUCACAUCCUCGAAUGCUAAAACGACAACCAGCUAUUGAGCUACCUUUGGGAAUGGAAUAUGGUUCAGAGGAGGUUAGCUCAGUAAGCAAAGAAACCAUUUCCAAACCUGCCGAAGAACAAGAAAUCAAGGAAAGUGAUCUGACCAGAAAGUCAAGGAAGGGUCCAAAAGUUAAAGGGUUCAUUUAUGAGUGUAAUAUCUGUGGUGCUCGAUACAAGAAAAGGGAUAAUUAUGAAGCGCAUAAGAAAUAUUACUGUUCAGAACUUCAGAUCUCGAAGCCUCGUUCUUCCAGUUCCCAUACUUCUGCAGAAGCUGAGAAAAGUCUUGUGGAUCCUGAUACAUGGCCGCAGAUGAUGCAUUACAAGCUGGGGACCAGUUUAGAGCUUACUCCACUCAGAAAAAGACGAAAAGAGAAGAGCCUUGGUGAUGAUGAGGACCCUCCAGCUUUUGAGUUGCCUGAAACUCCCUCAUCCAGCAUGAGGCCAGUAAGUCAGUUUGCUAACCCAGCAUCAUCGGAUGUUGCUUUGAACUUACCCCGUGAGUCCAUUAAGUCACCAGCUGAUACAAGUAAAGCCAUGCCGCUCACCGAAGUCAGUGCUGGCUUUCACUCCAGAACUACAAAGCCAGCUUCUAGUACAGAAAGCAAAGAGAGAAGAAAAACUUCAAAAGAGAUCUCUGUCAUCCAGCAUACAAGUUCCUUCGAGAAGUCUGACUCUAUAGAACAGCUGAGCAGCUUGGAAGCAGAAGAAAAACCUAUAUCACAGUAUUCAUCUCAGCCAGCAGUGCAGCACAGUAGGCCAUCUCAUUCCCUGCAGCCAAAGCUGGUACGCCAACCCAACAUCCAGGUCCCUGAGAUUCUUGUCACUGAAGAGCCUGAUAGACCUGAAACCGAGCCUGAGCCGCCUCCUAAAGAGCCAGAAAAAACUGAGGAAUUUCAGUGGCCUCAGAGAAGCCAAACUCUUUCCCAGCUUCCUGCUGAGAAACUCCCACCAAAAAAGAAAAGGCUGCGGCUGGCAGAAAUGGCUCAGUCUUCUGGAGAGUCCAGUUUUGAGUCUGUCUCCCUGACGAGAAGUCCAAGUCAGGAAAGUAGUAUAUCCCAUGGCUCCAGCCAUUCCAUUUCAUUUGAUCGUGAAGAAUACAGUAAAUCCGAGGCUGUCAGCCAGCCCUCCGAAUCCCAUACUAAACCCCUUGGCAUUGGCUCACAUAUGUUAAUGGUACCAAGCCACCAUCAUCAUUCCAGGGAAAUGCGAAGAUCUGCUUCUGAGCAGACCCCUAAUGUGUCUCAUCCUUCUCAGAUGUCGGAGCCCCGUAGUAAAUCAUUUGACUAUGGGAGCUUAUCGUCCUCUUCUGCUUCAACACCUGGCCCUUCAGUUUCCUCGGCUCCACAGGAGAGGAGGAAGUGCUUUCUGGUUAGGCAAGCAUCUCUCACCAGGCAUCCAGAGCAUGAGGCAGACUCAGGCCCAAAAGGAAGGCAAGAGACAGAAGAACCAUUGCCUUCUUCCAGUAAAUCUCCUGUCACCAGCUUGCCCCAUCAGCCUACAUCUUCAUCGUCCUCAUCCUCAUAUAGAGAUAAGAGUCAGCCAAAAGAUAGCCCUCAGCCUGUGUACAGCCAGCCAUACUCUGAGGCUCUGCAGGUGUUUCAUCAUCCGAUGCCACAACUAGCGCUGCAUGAAAAACAGCGUCUGUCCCCCCAAGUAUCUCUCUUCCCUUUCCAGCAUCUUCUGCCGCAGCCGGGACAGUCUGCAGAGCUCUUCUCCACUCAUACUAUGUCCGACAUCCUCUCUGCUCAAUUUCCUAUGCCACAGAUUCCUCCCUCUAUAUUUCAGACACCACCACUUCCUCUCCAGCAGGCUCUUCUCCACCCAGGCCAGCUUCACGUUGUCCCUCCGUUAAUGUCGCAUCCAGCAGAAGUACCAUUCAGGCAGCACUCUUCAUUCUUACCUGUCCAUUACCCAGGAUCCUCACCACCCCUUUCUGCAUUUUUUCUACCUCUACAGUCUCCGUUUGCUCUCCAGUUGCCGGGUGAGGUUGGUGGCCAUUUACCGCAGAUCAAAUCCAGUGUCUCUCCACCAGCAGGGGCCUCCAGCCUUUCUCCAUGCACAGAAUACAGCUCCGACAGCAGGUUACAUCCUUUGACCCGCACAACCAGCCCUUCAGCCCCAGUCUCCACAUCUCAACUGAUGGUUCCUACGUGUCCAGAUCCUAUGGUGUCACUUGUAGUCCCCGUUCGCAUUCAGACUAACAUGCCAACCUAUGGGAGUGCAAUGUAUACUACUCUUUCUCAAAUCCUAGUCACUCAGUCCCAGUGUAGUCCAUCUUCUAUUGUCCUUCCAAAGUUUGAUGAUCGCCAACCCAAGGGUGCCCUGGUGUGCAGCUCUGAUGUUCAUGGAAUAGGCUUCGAUUUGGCACAGAUGAUCACCGAGGAUCAAAGAAGCAUCUUCCAGACUCCGUAUCUGAGAGUGCCAUUGCCAUUACCAGAAAGGAAAGGCUAUAUGCCACUCACCUCCCCAUCAGAAAGUGUCCUGGGAUUGGAAGGGGGCUCAUCAACAGUUGGUGGAAGCAAGCGGAUGCUCUCUCCAGCUGGUAGCUUGGAGCUGACAAUGGAAACACAGCAGCAGAAAAGAGUGAAAGAGGAGGAAGUCUCUGAAGUGGAAGAAAAGUUGGAAGUGGUGAAGCCACCCAGUGCAAUAGAGGAGGGGAAAAAGCAGGAUAGAUCUCACUUUCUGGCAGAGAGCCAAGGCCGGCUUGAGGUUGAAACUCCACCUAGUUUGUCCUCUGAGCAAUCCGAGCCAAAGGAAAUCCCAAGUACGAUGCCACCAGCCUUGCCACAUUCAGGUGCUUUGAGCUUUGAGGCACUGGAAGAAUACCCACCACAAGCUGGCAAGCAGUUCCGAAGCAAGACACCUUUGCAGACAGUAAAGAAGGAAGACUCCAAAGAGCUGGCGGAACACCCCCUACCAAAUCCUCCGAGCCCAGCACCUCAUUCCGAUGUCACACAAAGUGCAAUGAAGUCUCGAGAAGGUACAGAUCUGAAGAAGGUACUUCAGUUCCCCAGUCUCCACACAACUACUAAUGUCAGUUGGUGCUAUUUAAACUACAUAAAGCCAAAUCACAUCCAGCAAGUCGACCGAAGGUCCUCAGUGUAUGCCAGCUGGUGCAUUAGCUUGUAUAAUCCCAACCUCCCAGGUAUAUCCACUAAAGCAGCCCUCUCGCUCCUGAGAUCCAAGCAGAAGGUGUGCAAAGAAAUCUAUACCAUGGCUACAGCUCCACGUCCAGAGACAGGCAGGCUUGUGCCGUCCAGCUCCAGGAAGCCAAAAAUGACUGAGGUUCAUUUGCCUUCACUCCUUUCCAAUGAAGGUCGAAAAGAUUUAACUAGAGCUGAGAAGGAAGAGGAUAAAAGAGGCAAAUCAGAAGAAGAGGCUCCCGUAUCCAAAAGAGGGGAGCCAGCCAGGAUCAAGAUCUUUGAAGGAGGGUACAAAUCAAACGAAGAGUAUGUGUAUGUGCGAGGCCGCGGAAGAGGGAAGUAUGUAUGUGAGGAAUGUGGAAUUCGCUGCAAGAAACCCAGCAUGCUGAAGAAACACAUUCGCACGCACACAGACGUCAGGCCAUACGUCUGCAAGUACUGUAACUUUGCAUUUAAAACCAAAGGGAAUCUGACUAAACAUAUGAAGUCAAAGGCCCACAGCAAAAAAUGUCAGGAGAUGGGCGUGUUGGUGUCUUCACUGGUGGAGCUGGAAGCUGAAGAAGGAACCAGUGAAGACCUAUUCCAAGAUUCCGAAGGGAGGGAGGGAUCCGAGCCUAUUGAGGAGCACCAGUUUUCAGACCUAGAGGAAUCUGACGAUGACGAUGACAAUGAAGAUGAUGAAGAUGAGGAGGAAGAGGAGAGCCAAGAUGAGCCAUCUUUAAAGUUUUCAGAAGCGAAACAUAUCUCCCUUCCAAUGCACUCUUCGGGCAGCUCUCCAUCUGCUCCAGAGGAAUGCACCAGGGCAGCAUUGUCUUUAACACAAGAUAUUGUCUCCAGCAGCCAGCAAGUAGGCAGGGGCCACCAGACCACCUCCUCAGGGCUGGAAACACAGUGCUCAGCAGACAGUAGUGAAGUUGCUGUUUGCCACAGCUUCUUGAGUCUCCAUAGGCCAGCUUUGACCUCCAGCGAACAUUUGGCUUCUGCUGAAAGGGAAUCUGUCACAAAGCAGCACAUGUUCUUAGCUAUGGACCUGUCAACCUCAAAAGACACCUCCCCAAGAAAGAAAUGGUCUCCAGGCAAGGACUCUGGUGGUGGUGGUGGCGGCAGCAGGCCAAUGCUAGCUAGAAAGCACUUGUUAACCAAAAAUGAAACUUCACCUAAACGUUUCUCGCCAACUGGAGAAAUAUCUUCGCUAAGGUGCCUGUCUCCAGGGAGAGGGAUGUCACCGUGUCAGCGCAUGUCGCCAAGAAGGGAGGCAUCUCCGCUGAGAUGUGUGUCACCAAGGCUUGAGCUGUCACCCAGCAGGCACCCUUCCCCAAGAAGAGAGUUAUCCCCAAGAACGUACCUCCCACCAGAGAGGGGGAUCUCCCCUGUGAGGCAUUUGUCUCCCAGCAGAGAGAUGUCAUCAGUCAGAUAUUUGUCACUGAAGAAAACGUUGCCUCCAGUCUGUUCAGAGUCACUUUCUAGAUAUCCAUCCCCAGGGAAAGAGGACUUGCCUUGUAGUAGCAAAUCAGCUGCAGAUGACCAAGUUCAAAGCUCAUUAAAAGUCCAGCAUGGAAUAUUAGCUUCAAUGCCUCUACCUCACAGGUUCCUUGGCAAAAGUGCAGAGCUAUAUGAGUCCAAGUUGAAGAUAGAACCUCGAAGUCCAGCAUGUUCACCUGGCAUCACACAACCUGUCUGCUCCAGACCCUUGCAAGCGUCCCAUGAGCUACAUGUCCAUGCUCCGAGCCGAGGGGAAGAGAAUGUCUUCAGCCAUCUUCCGUUGCAUUCACAGCAGCUAACAAGGACUCCAUAUCCUAUGAUUCCAAUUGGGGGCAUCCAGAUGGUCCAGGCCAGACCAAGUACCCAUCCCAGUUUGAUGCCCAGUUCAGUUGUGUCACUGCAAGCAGGAUAUUUUUCACCGGGUGGCAAUGGCAGCAGCAGCUUUACAGAAUUCAGCCAGGCUGAGGAAAGGGGCAAGGAACCACAUGUCCCACCAGAAUCUUCAUCCGUAUCCCCAGCUGUGAAAGUUUCUAAAUACACACUGUCCCCACAGCUUAAAGGCAGCGGCUACUUAGAAGAGCAAAUGAGGACUAGUGAGCAUCAGCAAAAGACAGAACAGGAGGAAUACAGGGUAAAAAAGUACGCUGAGCCCAGCCACUCGGAGCAAGAAGGCUGCUCAGCUCCCGCCGACUGUCCGAGCACAAAUGAUGAGCACUCUCCAAAGCCUUCAACAAGCGGGGAAGAACCCUUGAAAAACACGGGCAAGAAGCAAUGUGGCAGCUCAAGCACUUACGUUGACUCAUCCUGCACUUUCAUCUCAGAUUUCCCCACACAGACGUUGGACAGAAGCAGCAGCACCGGCUGCUUGUCGGAGCCCUCACUGAGCCAUUCACACUCCCACCAGUUCUCCAUUAGGAGAAGGAACCUCUCGGGAGAGCCAAGUCACCGAGGGGGAACCCAUAGGAAGAGCAGCCCACACUUAGAACGCACACGGCUCAGGCAAACUCAAAGGCAGGUGGAUGAGAAUACAGGAAGUACUUAAGCCUCCAUUCAUCUCUUCCACCUCUAGGCUUCCUAUGUAAAUCAACAGACAUUUUCAACACUAUUUCCUUUAGUAUAAUCAUCGCUAUAAGAAGCACUCCUUGUGUAUGACCAAACCCAUGGAAGAUUCUUGGUUUCCUUCGUCCCAGUCUGGUAUUAUCUCCACAUGUAUGCAGUUACUUGUGCCUUUUUCUAUACCUUUUGUUGCUUGAAAUGUACAAAAAUGUUUGAGGCUGUGAAUAUUUUUUUAGAGUUUUUUGGAAAGGGGUUUGUUAGACCUUGUCUUUUUUGCCAUUUAGGUGUGUGUUCAUAUACGCUCGAGAGAUGCAGAAAGGAAAAGGUUAAGCAUUUUAAGCGGGAAGAAGAUGCACUGAAAACAAAAACAAAAAAUCUUUUUUAAUAUUGAUUAAAUGAUUACAAAAACAAACCCUUUCUCCUGUGUACAGAAGUUUAUGAUUCAUAUUUAUUACCUGCUUUAUUUAAUUCUUGGCAAAGUGCUUGGGUUUUUUUUUUCUUGCAUCACUCUGGUUGCCUAUCUCUGUGCUUUAAACAGUUGCGACUGCUUUACAUUUGAAAAUGUGUUUACCCUGAAUUGUAAAUGAAACUAGCACUUAUUUUAGAAUGGGAGGCCCAUUAGGAAUGAAUGCAAAUAUCACUCCAAAAAGAAGAAAAAAUCUCAAACGCACCUCCCUUCUGCAGGACCCAUAAAAGCACUUUUUUAAAAAGCGACAAAAGGGGUCUUCAAAGAUUUAACUGCAAGAAAACAAGGAUGUAUCGAAUGUAGAACCAGUUCUGGGAAUGGCGUUUAAUGGUUUUUAAAAGAGCCAUUCUUAGGCUUGCUUUAAUAGUGACAUUCCAGGGCUGGCUGCUUUUAAGGGGCACAAUCUGGUAGUGGUGCCGCUUGCACCGCCAGAGUGAGAGUCAUGCCCGUGUCACCCUGAAGCCCCGUUUUCUGGGGUUUAGAAGCCCUCUGUCACCAUUCUCUCCUGGGUUCAAAAUGAAAAUAAAAUCUCUGCCUUGCAAACAAUUUCUGGACAUACUUUUAUUUAUAUUUCUAUAGCCCCUGCCUUCCCAAAUAAUUCCAGUGAGGCCCGUUUUAAGGAAAAAGUUAUAGGGAUGCAAUAAAUAGCUCAUGUGCUCUUUUAUUUGCACACCUAUGGCUUUGUAACCCACAGCUGGCUCCAGGGCGUAUUUUAUUUUAUUUACUUAUUUAAAUGAAAUGUUGCAGACACCUAGCCUACAUUGUGUGGAGGGGCCUUUUUGGUAUUUCAUAGACAGAGGUUCUGACGACUGAGUGGAUAAUGUAUGAAAAUUGGCCUGUUAUGCAUGCAUAGUAACUUUUUUCAUAGCAUAUUUUUAAAUAUGACCAUCUCUAGCAGAGUGAUGGCCUCUACUGCCAAUAGAUGUGAUACCAAAUACGGAGAGACGUGAUGGAGCCAUUCUGCUCUGUUGUGUUAACACACUUUUUAAAAUACAAACAUUCAAUGCAUAUUUCCCCUAAUAGACAGCAGGUUCUUCACUGCUUCAGAGGGCUUUCCAGUCAAUGGAAUCUGUACAGACAUUUUUUUUUAAAGAAAACAAACAAACAAAAACAUAGAAAUAUUUAACCAAUGGGCCAAUUCUUUCUUCUUUCAGAACUGUUCCAGUUUAUCGGGUACAUAAUACACUUUUUAAAAUAAUAAUAAUAAUAAUUAAUAAUAAAUCAAAUAUAAUCCUGAAUGAGGACAUAUUACCUUGCCAGACUUGAUGAGCUAUGAACUGCUCCCGACUGACGGGUGAAUAAUAUGAGGUGUUUUUAAUAAACUUCUGUGAUAUUUUUUUUUCUUUUGGUGUAAAGGGAAUUAAGUUCAAAAGAAGAUCCCAUGGAAAUAACAUUAAGAUUGUGACCCCAACUAAACCAGUGUCCAGAUUUCAGAGUUCACUGGACCCCUCCAGUCCUGACUAGCACUUUUACCGAGUUUUCCUUUUCCCCGACCACCCCACAGCAUAACUCUGACUCCCAAUCCUCCAGUCAGACCCAAGCAGAUCUCACUGCAGGAUUGUGGCCCAACUCCGCAAACCAUCUCUGUUCAGGAAAACAUGGUUAUGUCCCAUUCAUGUUAAUGGGAAUUAAGCACAUGUUUAAAUGCUGUGAUGAGCAGGGAUGGACUGUGGAAUCAGGGCCCGUGCGUGAGCAUCAUUUGAACCCAUCCCUUCCCUCCAUAAUGAUACAGCUUUGAAUUUCCUGGCUAUGGCUGGUUCUUUCUUUUCUUUCCCCUUGUCACAUUCUUAACAUUAUUUCAAGGUAGCUUUAUGUAUUUCAUUGGUUUUUUUAAUAAUUGCAAUUGUACAUAAAGAGAAAUAAUGCAGUGGUUGUACACAGCAUCUGGUUACAUCGAGUGCGUAUGAUGUUAACUUUGGGCUAGAUCAAAUGUGCUUGGCUCUAUUUUUUAACCAUAUUUUAACCCUUGACCUGUCACCACAUUGGAAAGAGCUUGGUUUUUUCUGUCACUUCUGAGGGAAAAACACAAUUCCCUCCGUACCUUAGCUUGUUGCUUUCAUUGUUUUUCUUCUUUUGGGUCUUCAGAAGCUCAGAAUGGGUUGAAGUGUGUGUGUGUGUGUGUGUGUGUGUGUGUGUGUGUGUGUGUGUGUGUGUGUGUCCAAAAGGGGUGGUAUAGGCAUGGCAAAUGCAGUGUUAAAGUGCACCCAUAUCCUGCCAAGCUUUGGUGCCAUUCACAUAACAUGCCAGUCGUGUGCAGGAGUAAUCUGUACUCUCUGUGCCUGCAUGUACGUGCAUGUGUGAACACAGGCACCUUUGUAAAUUCUAGGGGAGUACAGGCAGAAAUUCCCAGACCGCAGGCCUGCCCUGGAUUCCCAGUGUGACAAAUCUCCUCUAGUUUUCGGCGAGAAGCUAGGAUUGGGGUGGAAUUCUGCCUCAUGCUCCCUCUACUGGGUGCAGCAGGUGCCUAUGGCAGGUCAGAAUUAGCCACAUAGGAUCAGAAAAAGAAAAACAACAUUGAUAUAUAUGAGCAAAGUGAUCAUGUUAGUUUGGCUCCAAAACUCCAAGGGAAACGGUGCCCCCCACCAAAGCCUGCUGGUCUCUUGGUUUGAGCUCAGGUUUAGAGGACUGGAAUACCCAAACUCUGAACCCAGCCUGGCCAUUAAAUCAUAGGGUGACCUUGAGCAAAUCACUCAACUCCUCUGGAUCAUGUUCUGACAAGGUGUAAACGGGUGCAACACCAUUGAUUUAAGUGGAGUUGCACCCGUUUACAUCAGGUCCCAAUUACCGAGCAUCGCACUCUCCACCUUGUGCACUCCUUGGCUUAGUCCCAGGAGUAGGUGCUGUGCUCGCUGGGAAGUGUUUGCAGGCUUGAACUCUUACUAUGGCUCUUUGUGUCUCUUCCUCCAUCUGUAAAUAGGGGAGACUAAAUCCCGAUUUACCUUUGGAGGGGGGGAAUCAGUUAAUAUGUGCACAAGCACUUUGUAUCCCAUGCUACAAAAGAGAUGAAUAAUACAAAUAACAAAUUAAAAAACAGGUGGAAAAAGUAUUUUUUUAAAGUCCCUGAAUUUUAUCUAUUCCUGAGGUUCCUGGCUGUGGUCCAGGAAGAACCAGUGAUCUGUGGAGUGCUGGAUGUUGACCUACAGAGAGCUGAUCUUUUCAUGUGGAUCUGGUUAUCCUUUUAUCUCACUGCUGAACGUUCCCCUAAUGCUCCUUUUCCAUGUAAGCCAUUGCUUGGGGUGCUACUCAAUGGCAAAUGGGUAUGGAUGUGUCCAUGAGAGAAUCUGUCAGUGAAAGACCCAGCUUAUGAAAUAAUUUGACUCUCCUUGCUCUCAAUGGACUUAGUCAUGCAAUGUGUCGAGCACUCUGCCUUGGUCCAAUAAAGCAAAGCACUUAAGCAUGUGCUUAACGUUAAGCAUGUGAAUAGUCACAUUUACUUCAAUGUACUUAAAGGUAAAGCACAUAUUGAACUUCUUUCCUGGAUCCGGGCUGGCGUGCUCAACAUCUUUCAGGAUUGAGCCCUAUCGGUGUCUGCUCCCAGACACACCAUGCAGCCUUGCCGCAGAUCAUUGUCAGCCCAAAUUAUUUAUAAACUGUCAGUUUAUUGCUAGAUAUCCAAGAAGUACAACAGGAAACUCUUAACCCUAGUGAUGCAGUAGCUGUGCCUUUAUUGCUUACGGCUGUGUGUGUUCAUCACCUGUUCUUCCAGGGCAAUGUUUUCAGACACAGCUCCCUGAAGUUAGGCUCCUAAAGCCAUAGCUAGACACCUAGAUAAAAGGGAUCUGCUAUUCAGUGAUGCUAAGUGCUCACAAAGCCUGGAAUCAACAGGAGUUGCAGGUAUUCAGCAGCUCUCAUAAUCAGACCACCUUUACUUAGGUGCCAAAUCUGGAUGUAGGGGAAGAUUGUCACAGACCCAAAUAGCAGGUAGGCCUCGUAACACCCACUAAAAGUUAAUGGGAGUAAAGGCCCUGAUCCUUAAAGUUAUUUCGGGGCCUAACUCCCAUUAAAUUCAACGAGAGUUUGACCCAGAGCCUCAAAGGUAUUUCAGCAUCUCAGAGUCCUACUUGCCUUUGAAUGACCUCCCAAAGGAGCCAAAUUUUAGGCAUCAAGACUCGAUAAUUUGAUCACAUUUUUGUAUUUAAUUUCCCUCUACCCCUUCUUGAAAAGCUGCAAAAAAACCCCGUUUUAAUUAAAUUCCUUUUGUCCCCUCUAAUUUGUUUUUCCUUUAAAUCCUCAAAAAUAGCAUCUAAACAAAAUACAUUGACGCACAAAACUGUGUAAUUAGAACUAUUUUUCCUCGAGUUGUGUGUACAAUUUGAUCUAGCCCUUUUACUUGUUCUUACACCAGUCUUUCUCGGUUCCUGACUUGGUUUCAUCAUGCGGGUCUUCUUUUUUUAAAAGAAUUCCAUCUAUCGCACAGUAUUUACAAAUAAAAACAUUGUAAAUUAUUCACACACACACAAAUCAGUCCUGAUGGCAUAAAACCAAUUUGUUUUCAUUACUGAACUAUGAUGGCACUUAAGAUCACUUUAGUAAAUGUAAUGUAAAAAAUAAUAAUAAUGUGUACGCAAAUUUAAUAUACAUGGUCUCAUGUAAGAUACAUAUUUGCCUUUUUUUCUAAAAGAUGUAUGUAUUCUGUAAGUGGAAUAGUCUGUAGAAAGUUUCUAUAUGUUCUUAAAAAUGGCAAUACAUUCCAAAAAAGGUACUGUAAAUAUGUACAGUGUACAAUGUAAUUUGGUAGUUUUGCCUGUAAUUUUAUUUUAACUCCAGUUUCUACAUUUGCAUCUUGCAAUGUCUGUAUGGUUAUAUCAGUGCAAAAAAAAAAAAAGGAAAAAAAAUGCAGGUAAAAAGCACAGAGUCUGAUGUAAAAAAACAAGAAGGAAAAAAAAAGGAAAAAAAUACUCAGUAUUUGAUGUUUGUGACCCUUAUUGUAAAUGACAUCUGUACUGUGAAUGAGACGUUUUUACAAGUAUAAUAUUGCCUUUACUACAGCUCCAGACUGUCUGCUCAGUCUGAGCAUAUUUUUAAAAAAAUAGCAUGUUGGAAUAAAUUUUAAAGUCCCAACA